AUGGCGAAACCGCGCCUACGUUUGUAACAAUGGAAACUUUGUAAAUUCAAAGUUUAUUUCUAUAACAAGUACAGUUUCAACAUUGAAAAUAGUUUAAAAAAUAGGCGCCGGAGCGGCUCGGCCAUGGUGAAGGUGCCGAGCGACCGAGGUCCCAGGCCCGAGGCCCCCGAGGCAGGCACCAGCCACAAGGCCCUGCAUGCCUUGAAACAGAACCUGAAGAGCAUCGUGUCGUCCGGCCCACAAGAUGAAGGAAAAGUGAGGCAUGUUUUCGCCUGCCUGGAGCAGAUCUUGUACUCCUGUGACGCGGCCGAGUGGGGCCGGGCGGGCGGGGAGUGCGUCACGGUGCUCCAGUACUGCCUCAACGUCCUGGUGCUGCUGCACCAGGGCGGCAACAAGCUGCUCUUCGAGACGAUGAGCGCCAAGUGGAUCAACAUCCUGUGGGCGGGGUGCAGGCGCGUGCCGCAGAUGACGGCGCUGGUGGUCCGUGCGCUGUCCGAGCCCAUGCUGUGCUUCGCGCUCAAGUCCAGCCUGCCGCUGGGGCCGCGCAAGGUCGUGCUGGAGACCUUGAGGUCGUGCGUGGGCCGCGCGCCACCCGACGUCCGGCGCGGCGUCUUCUCUCGCCACCAGAAGCUCGUGGCGAAGCUGCUGGACCUGAUGACGGCGUGCGGGGACUUCAACAUGCAGUCGGCUUGCCUGCAGACGGCGCUGCACUUCGCCGGGUCCCGGGAGGCGGACCGGGCGGCCGUCAGCCAGCCCUUGCUCCGGAUCCCGCAGGCGCGCCAGGUCUUCCUGCUGCUCGACUUCCACUGCUUCGCCAAGGAUUCGAGAUUCUUUCUAAACAUGCUGAACACCACGAUGGGCCUUGACGCCAUGGUGUUUUCAGUUCCCUGUUCCAGCGUGUUCAUUGGCCAAGAGCAGAUUUAUCAACCAAAGGACCUGUCGGAGUUCUGGGUGGACUUCAACUACGGUUCGGUCAGCAUAUCCAUGCUGUACGACCAGCGCCAGCAGCAACUGCCCAGCAGUCAGACAAAGUCGCUGACCGUGCUCCGCCACGACGUCAAGAGCGUGGUGCUCUACGACAGCGUUUCUUCCCGGGCUCUCACGAUCACACUGAACCGACAGUGCUCUGGCUUUCAGUCGGGUAAAAUCAAAAUAGUCAUGGAGAGCAACCAGUUUGCGUCUGAUGUCGACGGCAUUCUGGUCAACAUGUUCCGUGGCAUAUAUACGGUUCAAGCUGGAACGCAACGCAGUUUACAAGAAAAAAAAAACAAAAGCAACAUUUUGACGGAAGCUCAGGUUCCCAAAGAUUCCGAAUUCGAAAGCAGUCUUGCCGAGAAACCUUCUCCUCGCAAGGCCGUCCGUUUGUCGACCAACGGGAGCGAAGCGAAAGCAUCGGUGACGAGGCAGGGCUUGGAGGUGAACUUCAGACCCCGGGCCUCAGGCAGAACGCAGAGCUUCAGGAAGCAUUUUCCUAGAUCAAACGUGCCGGGGUGUGGCGCUACUUCACGUGCUUCCCCGUACUUCCCAGCGGACUCCUCGGGGCAGAGGGGCGUGGGGACGCCACCGAACAUAUUCACGCCCCCGCAGCGAGAGGUCGCAGCGUCCAUCGACCCCCACCACUGCAAAGCCAGCACGCCGCUGUUCACCAAGAGGAAGACCAAUCUCUUUGAAUACCUGUCGCAGAAGAAGACCAGCUUGAGCGGUGACUCCCCUGCAAGUUCGUGCCUGUCUCGCUCCGUGAAUGACGCGAGUACAAAUGACGAUAGAGAUACUUCCUAUGGUAGUUUUAUAAAUAACCUUCAGACUAAACCGGGAAGCAAUGUUAAGCUCUCAAGGUCUUUUUUUGAUGACAAAACUGCAGUUUUGAAAAAUUCAUCAGACGCUAAUAAAGUAUUUCCACUAGCAGCUGUGGAAAACUCUUCUUCAUCUACAUUCCAAGGGAAUGAAUGUGUUCUAAAAAUUACUCCAAGUGGUAAGCUUUCGUCUUCAGAAGCAAAAAAUAAAAUAGGUGAGGAUAGUUCAGAAGUUUCAUUCAGCAACAAUGACGACUUAAUUGACUCCUCCCAAAAUUUUGACACAGACUUUGAAAUGAAAAUGUUGUUCGCUACGAACAAGACCGGUACGAAGGUCAGCAGAACCUCAGCAGCACCGGCGAAAGUUCAGUCGCAGUUCUGUGUGUCCGGCAGAGUCGUGAGCGAACAUUUCGUGGCUUCCAGCGUGCCUCCGAAACUGCAGCGAGUGGAGCGACAUCCCCGCGAGACUCGGACACCGCCCUCCGCGUUGAGGGAACAACCGCCCGUGGAUGUGCCCGUCACGCUGUCGCGACCAGGGUCUCCCGCCAGCAUCGAGCGAGACGCAGCAUCGGCAGUGAAGUCACUGGCUUCGGUGCGAAACAAAACAGUUGCAACCAAACACACGAGUCAGUUUUGCACAAACACGUUUCCCGAGUUCGUUGCUGAUGGUAAUCGUCCCCUGGAAGAUAAUCAUUCAAAACUUCGAGAAUCAGGCUUUCCUGAAACGGAGAUACAUAAUGAACAGGUGGGAAAAAUGGUUGGCACGAAUUGCACUUCAACGGAUCCUGUGAUGACUGAUACAGAAAAAGUAAUUUCAAACAAGGGAUUUAAAGAAAAUUGUCAGAAGAGCUGCAUGUUAAGCACUAUAAAUGAUGAUAAAAACAGAAGAACAAAUGGAGAAAGUAUUUCAAGUAGCCCGAAGCUUGCAGACUUACUUGAUGUUAGUGAGCAGGAAAUAAAAGUCAAAGAUAUAGAAACACUAGGGCGAGGAAGUCCUCAAAGUGUAAAACAUGAAGCAUACAAUACUACUGUAAUGGUUGCCGAAUCAUCAGCUGUGACACUGAAUGAGAAUCAAAGCAUUAUUGGAAACUGUAUUUCACAUGCAGAUGAGGAGACGGAUUGUGGUGCCAAUCCAAAGCCACCAGAUGCAAAAUCAGCGUUCUCCGAAGAGAAAAUGAAUAAAAGUGAGAACUGCACAGUGUCAACUCACUCACCAGCUCAAAUGAAUGGCAACCAUGAGCAUAAACAGAUUGUAAACAAAACUAAUACAUGGUCAAAAUCUGGCGACAUUUCUAGCGAUUUAGCAAAUGAGUCCAUUUUAUUGCCACAGUCAAGGUUUUUAAACCCACAAAUCUCUGCAGUGGGUAAGAGGAAAUCCAGGCGAUUAUCCCUAAGUAUAACUGGUAAGAAUGAUAAGUGUGUAGCUCUGGCUCACAAAACCAGAAUGGCCGAAGACAUGAUAAUGAAUGAUUCUGGUUCAGUUCGAGAUGGUAAGCUAUCAGACACAUCUGUGUGGGACACCAAACGAACUGAAACAAGCACCAAAGGACAAGACGAGAGUGGAGUGGUAACUGGCGUAGAACUGAGAAAGCACGCAGAGCACGUGGAACAUAAUGAUACUGCAUCACAAACAGUUCCUCAGUGCAAUGACAUAGAUGCGCCAGAAGGAAAUAGAGCUGAUUCUGCCAGUGUGAAACGUGCUUCUGUGAGAUCUGACCCAAAGUGUCCACAGACAAAAGAGAAACAGAAUAAGGGAAGAAGAAAAGGUCGCAAGCCAGCGAUUAGUGUAGAAAAAACUAUACACGAUGUUAACGUAAUGAUUUCCAGAAAAGUUGAAAAUAAGCUGCAUAGAGAUGCGUACGACACUCCAUAUCUAAAUCCUAAAAGAGCACUUACAUUUAAUGAUAGCGCAAGAUCGAAUAAAAAGAGAAAGUUAUUCUAUGAUGAAACGUCUGCCGAAAUAUUCGAGGUUAAUCGUGCACGUGAAAAUUCCUCCAGCGAAACAGCCAAGUGUCCACCUACACACGUGAUGCAAAACAAACAACUCGACUCCCCCAAAAACAAAGAAAACUGUGUUGUUUUUGAUUCGCUUCUCAGCGGAAGCGUCCAGCAAGCGAGGGGCACUCGGAAGAACAGGAGCAACUUGUGGGCGGAGAAGCUGAAGCAGCUCCCGAGCACAGACACGGACGAGUCGUUCCGUGCGGAGCGCAAGAUGGCGGUGAGCAAGAGGGUGAGGAGCAGGACGAAGGGCAAGCAGGCGGUGAAGAAGGCGGUGGUCCGCAGCUACGAAGACGACAGCAGCGGAGACGGCUUGCCGCCGCUGGUGAUCGAGGUGGUUCCCCUCAGGUACAAGUCUUUCGCCAACAAGGGAAACAAACCCGCCAGCCGCUCGUUCAGCCCCCUGGCCGGGAAAACUGACACCGGUGUGAAGACCUCUUCUGAUGCUGUUUAUGAUGAGAUAUUCUUGAAGAACAAGAAGAUGAAAAAAACAGUACAUGAAGAGGCUGCAAACAAAAGAGAAGUAUUGGCAACCUGUGAUGAUAGUUGCGGAAACAUUCAAAGUGCUUCUAACAUACAGCAUUCUAAAAUAAGUGGACAAAACGCCACUCUCCAGAAUUUUAGUACUUCCAGCAAAAAUAAAUGUUUUGUAGUGCCUAAGCCAGAUCGGAAAAAUUUGACUAGUAGCAAAGAAGAUUCAGAUACCAAUUAUAACUGUCCGAAGAGUACGUCAAGUCACCAAGAUUACUUGAAGUUGGGUGGCCGCAACGGAACCAAUGGGGACAAACAUCAAGUUCAGAAAGUUAAGAAGAUGGACCUUUUGGUACAAGAAAACACGCACGUUAAUCUUGCUACCUCAAGCUGCAAUACGGUUAAAACAAUCAGUUUUGAAGCUUCAGCACAACAAACAGCUAAGACCGAAGGAAAAACAAAUAAUUACAGUAACUCUGGGCUCUUGUCUGCCAAAUCUCUUUUUGAAGCUGCAGCAAGUGUCGAAGCUGUAACAAAUGCUUCGGAUGAAAAGCACGGGACCAAGUAUAACUUGAGAUCUUGUCAUGAAAUAAACGAUCCAGCUUCGUUCCUGGACAGUGGUAAUGUAACAAACGAUCACCAGCAUGGAACUCAAAAACAGAGGAAGAAGUUACGUAAAAUUGAUGAUGAUGCAAUUGCUACCAAUUCGGUGAAACAAAAGUCCUUACACAAAAAUAAAAAGUUAUCACUUUUAACGGUCGAGAAACCAACUCACCCGCCGAAAACUAUCGUGUCUAGAAAGAAGAAUGACCAGAAAGACCGGGACGUACAAGACGGGGAGUGCACAAAUGUUUCCGAGCGUGUGCCGGCCGUAGGGAAUGUUAGCAGCGAGCGUGAGGAAGUCAAAUCCGAGAAGGUGUCUUGUUUGAGUAAGGGCGGCGAGGUCACCUUCGCUGACUGCAUGGAAAGUUUCUUCCCGCCCGAGGCGGAGGGAAGCGCGGGUCCGGCGACGACGGAGCGGAGCGGGGGACGCGGCAGGCGGACGAAGGUGGAGAGGGAAGUGACGGUGACGGAGCGCUGCAGCCAGUUCUCGCAGUCGGUGGACGACGGGCGGUCCCGGAACGUCGUGGUGACGAAGAAGACCCGGCAGGUGACGUACGGCAAGCGGAGGGUCUCGUGGGUGGAGAGCUCCGGCGACGAGGACUGCGAUGGUCGUGAGACGCGGCAGAGACGGCGCGAGGCGGGAUCCGGCACGCCCUCUCGGCGCGGCAGGCCGCCACGGAGCGUGUCGCCUUCUCGAGGCUCCGACGUGUCUGCGUCGCCGGCGCCUGGGAGAGACCUCUGCCGUCAGACAGACUCACCAGCACCGAACAUUGACAAAACCACGCCCACUACACCUGAUUCAGAGACCAUCAACAGAAAUACACAAAGAGGUAUUCAUAGCUACGAGGACUCGCUGGAAAUCAGUUCGUAUUUCACUCAGGUGCGGCAGACGGCGACGGGCAGCGCGCUGGACGAGCUGGCGUCCCAGGUGGCGAGGCAGAUGGCGCUGGGGGACUGGAGGCUGUGCCUGGCCGAGAGCCACGCCGCCAGGCAGAGGGCGGCGUCCCAGUUCGUGGCGGGCGUGGAAGAGGACAUCGGCGUGCUGGAGACGUACCAGGCCCACCUGCGCGGGGAGGUGGCGUGCCUGGACCGCCUGGAGAGGAGCGUCAGGAGCAUGAUGGCCCGGGGGACGCAGGCCGCCGCGGAGGUCGCCAGCAGGCUGGGACGCGUGGAGCAGGCACGCGCGCGGCUGGAGGAGGGGGCGGUGGCGGCGGUGGCGGCGGAGAGCGAGCGUGCCGCGCGCAGCUGCAGCUGCCUGCGCCGGCAGCUGCAAGCGCUCGGCGCGGAGUCCCUGCGGCGCGGCGCGGCGGCGCUGGCGGGCAGCGUGCACGGCAUCUUCGCGUCCCUCUUCCGGCAGUGA